AGGAUAGACUGUAUAUUGUGACAUGUGGUAAGGCUGGUUUCCAGAACAGUAGAAAGGAAAUUAGUGUCGUUCAUCUUAAGAUAAGUGAUGGUAGACAAAAGCUGAACGCUGUUUUAGAGGGUAGUCAGUACAAGCUUCAAGUACAGGUUUUGAAUCCUGACCCGGAGUUUGGAAUUCUUGUGAAGAAGUGUUUUGCAUUUGAUGAUUCUGAUACUUUCGUACAACUCGUAGACGACAGGGGUUGCAGAGCACAGAAAUUAAUCUCAGACUUUUCAUACGAUGAUUCCGCCAGCACAGCAGAGGCAGAUAUAUAUUCUAUGUUCAGGAUGCCCCACACUAACCGAACCUACUUCCAAUGCGACGUCGAGAUAUGCAGAGGUUCAUGUCCCCGACCCAGCUGUGAGCUGACCCGUCAGGAGAUUCAGUCAUCAGACGAUCCUUUCACAAGAACACAGGCGGAUGACACAGUUACCACCUCUACCUCUGUAUUUGUGGCGGAACCUGGAUCUAUCGGAGCUAUCGGGGCCGGGCUCUGUGGUAUCGGAGAUGUAAACCCGAACUGGUUAACCUACCUCUGCAUCGCUUUCGGGGUUCUUUUCGGGAUUAUGCUGCUGAUCAAUAUAUUCCUGUGCAGUGCAAUGACCUGCAGCUGUACCAAGACGGAGGUUAUUGAGAAGGAACCAAGUAUUUAUGAUGAUUACUCCGUGUAUGAGUCACAGUACGGAUACGCAAGUAAAGCGUACAACUCUGAAUCUGAUUACGGGAGUGAGUAUGGACUAGGAGAGGGAGAGGAACGACCCCGGCAGCAUGCUCCGUCAGAUGCAGGAACUCUUCGGAGCAAAUAUAGUCGGGCAGAUAAUAAUACUCUCUCCAGGAGUAGGCAGGGGUCUCAUGGAGGGAGCAGAUACCUUGAGUAGUUUCCAGCUUUUAAUCAUGCCUAGAGUAAUUGUCCUAAACAUUUUCUGAAGAAUUCCUGGAGUAAAUCCCUAACCUACUCCAAUGUGUAUCCGGAGUGAUUCGUCAACCUGGAGUAAAUCCUUAAUCCCUCUAUAAUAAACCCGGAGUCUGAUCAAAGUUUCAAGUAUACCUAUAGAAUAAAUCCUCAACCUUCUUCGCAGAUUUAUACGCGGAAUAAAUCCUCAUUCUACUCCGCAGCAAACCGGGAUUAAAUACCUAUUGAAUCCCUACCCUACUGGGAUUAAAUCCCUAAUAUGAGUUAAUACUGCCAGAAGAAUUUUGAAUGACAUGUGAAACAUAACUUACUAAACCCAAUAUGCCUAUAUAUCUAGGUUAAAAUACUGUUUAAUGUAUCAUAAAUCUGAACUGUUUUAACCCUAUUCAAAUCUAUUAAAAGAUCUCGGAAGUUUGCAGAAUUACAGAAUUCUAUGAUCCAAGGAAAGAAAUUGAAGAUUUUAAGUAGAGUGUGAUCAUAUGGUCUAAAAGAAGUGAAUAGAAAAUGUAAAAUCUCAUCAACCCUAACACAAAACAAAUACAAAAUCAAUGAUUAUGUAUAGUAAUAUUGCCUAACAGUGAAAUUAAUAAAGAAAAUUUAAAACAUUAAAACCUAA